GCUUGACCAAACAAUGCAUUAUCUCUGAACAUUCCAAAUGAGUCUCUCUGCCUUUAUUGUUCUCAGUGCCAAUUUUGCCCUGCUUAAACACCGUUCACGCCAAUGGACUCUUCAAGGCAUCUUGGUAGCCCGGCUCUGAGGUAAAUCUUGCCCUGUUGAUGUUCGUCAAAAGGUCUUGUGAAAGCAGUACCCGGAAAAAGCCAGACCUGUAUUUAUCGCUGCUGGCCUAGCGAGCGGCUGGCCCAUCCAAACAAUGUGGUCAGUGCAGGGCAUUAUCGACGACCUCGAAAGCAGACGUAUCGUACUGCGCGUGCAUGACCAUACCUCUUUAUCCCGAUACGAGGCGGAAGAGGGCUUCAUCGCCGAGCAAGAUCGCUUUGACAAUCUGUCCAAGACUCAAUUCCACAAAAGAUAUGGACACCUCCGAUACGAUUAUGAGUGGAAACGAAGCUCGAGUAUCUGCGAAUACAUGGUGGAUCAUAUUUUUGGAGGUUGGGACGACUGGUCAUUGUUCGGCAGAGAUGGUCCCAGUCCAUGGAUAUCUACGACAAUUGACUUUGACUGGGCAAUCUACGAGAUUGCUAGAAGGUUGACGGUUCUAAACCGAGGUUCGGUCCGUCUCAGCGUCAUCGACUUGCAGAAUAGUAAACGCCGACGUGUAGGGGUGAGGCCGGAUUCUUACAUACCAGAGGACACAUACGACGAGUCUACCGCCUUGAGCUUCGCGAGGGCGUCUAGUGAAAUCUUGUUUUACGGCAAGAUAUUUGACGAAGAUAUUCCAGCUAUCAUGGUAUGGACCCGUCAGAAACCAGCAAGGCGACUUCCUCCAGAAUACAAGAUGUCCAAAAAGCAACGUGAUCCUCAUGGGGACUGGAUAGACAAUCUCUGUUUCAAUCCUAGGCGGGAUUCUUUCAGACAGGCUUCGGCCAGGAUUUCAGCACGGAGAGAUCAGAUAGCGAGCUCGAGAUGCUAGAUAGAUUUGAUUGCACCGGGAGAUGAACAACAAGAUUCUCGGAUCACGAGUGGACCAGCACCAUUCCAUGUUUCCGUAGUGUCAAAUGGCAAACCUGCAAGGCGUGCAUCGUGAAAAGGUCAUAAAGG